AUCAAGGAGCUUCAUGUGAAAACAGUAAAGCGUGGAGAAGAUGUAACUAUGGAGUGUAGCAUGAGCAAGGACAAAAACAAAAAUAAUUUAGCUUGGUACAGACAGAGUUUUGGAAAAGUGCCUCAGUAUUUUGUAAGACGUUACGGGCAAAGUAAUUACACAUUUGCAGAGGGAUUUAAAGAUAGCCGCUUCAGUAUGACUGUAAAUGACCAGAAGUUUGAUCUCAACAUUAUCGGAACGAGAGAAGAUGAUGGAGGAGAAUAUUUCUGUGGAGAUGUGGAGGGAAUUACAAUAAAGUUCACAUCUGGAACACGUCUGCAAUUUGAAGGUGAAGAGAUGAAACACUGUCCUACACCUGGAACGGUUAACAACAACACAGAUUCUGUUACAGGGUCCAAUGAGGGUUCAAAGAGCAGUGAUGGAAAAGGUGAAGAGAUGAAACACUGUCCUACACCUGGAACGGUUAACAACAACACAGAUUCUGUUACACGCCAGGAUUCAAACUGCAGCCAUGGAGAAGGAGACAACUUUUGGAUUAUUGUCUUAACGACCUCCAUUAUAAUAUCUCUUAUUGUAAUCGUGUUUCUGCUUGGAGUUUUAUAUAAAAAUCAGAGAGAAGGUGCUUCAUCAAGAAACCAUCAAACUCCCACCAAUCAGGCUGAUGAUGAAGAUGUCUUGAACUAUGCAGCUGUGAGUUUUGCUAAGAAACCUUCAUCCUCCAGAACAUCCAGAGACAAGAGCCAUGAAGACGUUUAUGCACAAGUUAAAAUAAAAUAG